AUGUCUUUGUGGGAAGGUGUUUUCUUGUGUCCUCCUAAUCCUGACAUUUGUGAUGGGGAGAGUGAGGAGGAGAUUGAGGAGGAGAUUGAGGACGGGACUGAGAGGCCGACUAAGAAGCAGAUUGUGAAGGAGAAUAAGGAGAAGAUGAAGGGACACAAUGCGUUGGAGAUUGAGAAAGAGACUGAGCAGAAAAACUACGUAUCCGAUUUUGAGGAGGAGAGUGUAUCCAGUAUAUCGAGAACUUCUUCUAGACCACAAAGAGACCUACAAAUGGAAAGAAAGCUCAAAGCUGCUCAGGAGGACUUGAAGAUACUGAGAAGAGAUCAAGUCAAAAUGAAAGAAGCCCUGAACAAGGAGCGAAAAGAAAAACACGCUCUUUCUAAAGCUUUAAAGAAUGAGCAAGCUCAAAAAGUAACUCUUCGUAUUGAGAUGGAAUGCACGAAAAUGAGAAUGACUGAUGUUGAGAAAUCGGAGAAGGUUCACCAGGAAAGACAAACAAAGCUUCAAAAGAAGAUUAAAGAAAUGACAGCUGAUCACAAAAGCAAGGAGGAGAAGAUCAAUAAACUCAAACGGACUAUUUCCAAACUGCAGGAGAACGAUACCAUGCAAGCCUCAGACCUCAAGGAGGAGCAGUCAAAAAACGUCACACUCCAGAUGGAUUAUGAAGCUGCGGCCUCACAACUCCAGAGGGAUAAUGAGGCUGCGGCCUCGCAACUCCAGAGGGAUUAUGAGGCUGCGGCCUCGCAACAGCUGGAGAGGGACAAAAAAGAACAGGUCCGUCUUGAGGAUGCCCUAAAGAAGAGUCGGCUUGCUGAGCAGGACAUCAGAGAAACUUGCAGAGAACUUGAAGAAAAGCUCAAGAGGGAGAAAGGCCGGCUCUCGGGAGCAACGGAGGAAAUUGGGAUGCAAAGGAAAGCCACAGAGGACAUGAGGUAUGAUAUCCAAAAACUAAGGUUGGAGAACCGGAACAUCAGGACUAGAUAUGAGGCUUUGAAGGCAAAAUACGCCUUGCUAUAUAAAGGUGAAGCUCCCUGUCCGACAGAGAGCAAUACAAAACAGACCCAACGUCAAGAAGAGAUACAAAGGGCUAUCGCGGAGGAGAUAGUCAAUCAAACUGCCUCUGCUCUUGAAAGAGAAAAGGAGAGAGUCAAUCAAACUGCCUCUGCUCUUGCAAGAGAAAGGGAGAGAGCUGAUCAAGCUUCCUUUGCUCUUGUAAACGAAAGGGCCAUACUCGACCAGACUUCCUCUGCUCUUGAAAGAGAAAGGGAGAGGGCUGAUCAAGCUUCCAUUGCGCUUGAAAAAGAAAGUGCCAGACUCGACCAGACUUUCUCUGCCCUUGAAAGAGAAAGGGAGAGAGCCGAUCAAACUUCCAUGGCUCUUGAAAAAGAAAGGGCCAGGUCUGACAAGUGCCAUGUCGAACUCAACAAAGCUUUGGUCCAACACACAAAGACGCAAGAGGAGAAGCACCAUUUGGCUUUAGACCUCCAGAUUUCUCAGAACAAACUUGACUCUCAGACACAAGAGCAAACUAAAGUUGCUUUGCAUAAGGCAACAGAGGCUCUACACAGCCUUCAGAAGGAAAACACAGAUCUUCGAAGGAAGCAUGGCGAAAUUCAUUCUGAUUACCGUGAGGUGCUUAAAAGUCACUCGACCCACCAAAUUAGAUAUGAGAGGCUUGACUGUGCGACAGGGGACCUCGGACCAGAUGUCAGUCGAUCUAAGUUCAACCUAGGUUGGAGUAAACUUGGUUCGUCCUUUCGCGACUCCAAAACCUACAGAACCGUGACCCCUGUCCGAGGUGUUUCCUUGUGUCCUCCUAAUCCUGACAUUUUUGAUGGGGAGAGUGAGGAGGAGAUUGAGGAGGAGAUUGAGUACGGGACUGAGAGGCCGACUAAGAAGCAGAUUGUGAAGGAGAAUAAGGAAAAGAUGAAGGGACACAAUGCGUUGGAGAUUGAGAAAGAGACUGAGCAGAAAACCCACGUAUCCGAUUUUGAGGAGGAGAGUGUAUCCAGUUCAUCGAGAAAUUCUGAGAUUCCACAAAGAGACCUACAAAUGGAAAGAAAACUCAAAGCUGCUCAGGAGGACUUGAAGAUACUGAGAAGAGAUCAAGUCAAAAUGAAAGAAGCCCUGAACAAGGAGCGAAAAGAAAAACACGCUCUUUCUAAAGCUUUAAAGAAUGAGCAAGCUCAAAAAGUCACUCUUCGUAUUGAGCUGGAAUGCACAAAGAUGAGAAUGACUGAUGUUGAGAAAUCGGAGAAGGUUCACCAGGAAAGACAAACAAAGCUUCAAAAGAAGAUUAAAGAAAUGACAGCUGAUCACAAAAGCAAGGAGGAGAAGAUCAAUAAACUCAAACGGACUAUUUCCAAACUGCAGGAGAACGAUACCAUGCAAGCCUCAGACCUCAAGGAGGAGCAGUCAAAAAACGUCACACUCCAGAUGGAUUAUGAAGCUGCGGCCUCACAACUCCAGAGGGAUAAUGAGGCUGCGGCCUCGCAACUCCAGAGGGAUUAUGAGGCUGCGGCCUCGCAACAGCUGGAGAGGGACAAAAAAGAACUGGUCCGUCUUGAGGAUGCCCUAAACAAGAGUCGGCUUGCUGAGCAGGACAUCAGAGAAACUUGCAGAGAACUUGAAGAAAAACUCAAGGGGGAGAAAGGCCGGCUCUCGGGAGCAACGGAGGAAAUUGGAAUGCAAAGGAAAGCCACAGAGGACAUGACGUAUGAUAUCCAAAAACUAAGGUUGGAGAACCGGAACAUCAGGACUAGAUAUGAGGCUUUGAAGGCAAAAUACGCCUUGCUAAAUAAAGGUGAAGCUCCCUGUCCGACAGAGAGCAAUACAAAACAGACCCAACGUCAAGAAGAGAUACAAAGGGCUAUCGCGGAGGAGAUAGUCAAUCAAACUGCCUCUGCUCUUGAAAGAGAAAAGGAGAGAGUCAAUCAAACUGCCUCUGCUCUUGCAAGAGAAAGGGAGAGAGCUGAUCAAGCUUCCUUUGCUCUUGUAAACGAAAGGGCCAUACUCGACCAGACUUCCUCUGCUCUUGAAAGAGAAAGGGAGAGAGCUGAUCAAGCUUCCAUUGCGCUUGAAAAAGAAAGUGCCAGACUCGACCAGACUUUCUCUGCCCUUGAAAGAGAAAGGGAGAGAGCCGAUCAAACUUCCAUGGCUCUUGAAAAAGAAAGGGCCAGGUCUGACAAGUGCCAUGUCGAACUCAACAAAGCUUUGGUCCAACAAACAAAGACGCAAGAGGAGAAGCACCGUUUGGCUUUAGACCUCCAGAUUUCUCAGAACAAACUCGACUCUCAGACACAAGAGCAAACUAAAGUUGCUUUGCGUAAGGCAACAGAGGCUCUACACAGCCUUCAGAAGGAAAACACAGAUCUUCGAAGGAAGCAUGGCGAAAUUCAUUCUGAUUACCGUGAGGUGCUUAAAAGUCACUCGACCCACCAAAUUAGAUGUGAGAGGCUUGACUGUGCGACAGGGGACCUCGGACCAGAUGUCAGUCGAUCUAAGUUCAACCUAGGUUGGAGUAAACUUGGUUCGUCCUUUCGCGACUCCAAAACCUACAGAACCGUGACCGCUGUCCGAGCUCCCAGUAAACAUAAUAUUAUCAAGAGAACCAGACUGGAGGCAGCCUACAAGAUGCUGGCUUCACUCUCAGAUAUGAGGACAUUUGCUCAGCUGGAGGAAGAGGUUGAGCGGGAGGAGCAGGAAAGAACAGCUGAACUUCUUCUGCGACUGUCACCUACUAGUUUGAAGGAGGAUGCCAGUCUGGACUCGGAGCCGGGCGGUUUGUUUCAGAGAGGCUCGGGCAGCCCGAUGGAGGCUUCAGUAGCAGACCACCCGCCACAAACGGAGGCUGAUCCUCACACACAGGCAGGUCCACUCUCAAUGUCACCCUCAACACCACUGAGGACCAGGCGGCUCUAA